GUUACAUUUCUAGUUUUUUCUGCUUUUUUCCGAGUAAAACGAAUGCGUAAAUUCGACAAAUGCAAAAUGCACAACAAUAAGCACAUUCAGUUUGAGCUUGAAACUUGUGCAGUACAGCCGAAAAAUGUCUUUCAAACGAAAGUGCUUCUCUGUAGAAGAAAAAAUGAAAAUUAUUCGUCGCUUGGAAGCCGGAGAGCCCAACGUUACUCUGGCAAAAGAAUUCUGCGUGUGCCACACAACAAUUGCCACAAUAAAAAAAAUAAAGAAAAAAUUAAAAUUUUAUUUGAUAAUAAUGUCUUAAAGCCAAAACGUAUCAGAGCGUCAACUCAAGAGCAAGUCGAUAAAGCAUUGAUACAGUGGUUCAUAAUGCAACGCAGUCGAGGAAUCCCAUUAAGCGGUCCACUGCUUCAGGAAAAAGCUAAUUUUUUCGCUAAACAAUUAAAAAUUGAAAAUUUUAAUUGUUCUGCUAGUUGGAUAAGCCGCUUUAAGGUCAGGCAUAAUAUCGUCGCCGGUAAAGUCAGUGGAGAAUCUUUGUCUGUACAAAAAAGCAAUGUAAGCGAGUGGCUUACAAAGAUUUGGCCAAUACUACGUAAGGAUUUCAAUGAUGACGAAAUUUUUAAUGCCGACGAAACUGGACUGUUCUUCAAAUUAACUCCAGACAAAACAUUAAAAUUUAAAGGUGAAAAAUGCACUGGAGGAAAGCUGUCCAAAGAAAGGAUAACUGUGCUUGUUGCAGCCAAUAUGAGUGGAAAUUUUAAAAAACCAUUAUUGGUUAUUGGAAAAUCAAAGCGACCCAGAUGCUUUAAAAAUGUUCGGUAUUUGCCUGUUGGCUACCAUGGUAACCGCCGAGCAUGGAUGACAUCUACAAUUUUUAUUAAUUGGGUACGAGGUUGGAAUGCUGAGCUUAAAAAACAGAGAAAGAAGAUAUUGCUCUUAGUUGAUAAUUGUCCAGCCCAUCCCACAAUUAGUGACCUAACGAAUAUCACACUAGUUUUCCUUCCACCAAAUACGACAUCUGUAUUACAGCCAAUGGAUCAAGGCAUAAUUCGAGUGAUUAAAUCAAUUUUUCGGAAAAAUCUCGUACUUAAAAUAAUCAGCAAUAUGGAUGAAACCCAAAAUGAAAAUUACCCAAAAAUUACCAUACUUGAUGCCAUUUUAAUGAUAAAUGAUGCAUGGCAACAAGUUUCGCCAAUGACAAUUGCAAAUUGUUUUAAGCAUUCUGGGCUUGCCGAAGAAAAUUUAGAUGGUUCCAGCACCUCAUUCUCAAAUAAUAUUGAAAUCGGAGAUGACAUUCCCCUAUCGGUUUGGGCAAGUGCUCUAAAAAAACAGCUACCGAUUUCAUUGGGAGAACUGGAUGAAUAUGUUCUUAUUGACAAUGAUGUUGCGAUUUGUGAGGAACCUUCUGAAGACAGCAUUGUUAGAAAUAUAUUAGAUGAUGGACAGGAUAGUGACGACAAUGUCGAAGAUCAAAAUGAAGAUGUGUCAGCACCUAGCGUUUUGGAGGCAUUUAAGGCUGCAGAAAUACUGAAUAGAUUUGUCCAUGCAAAUUUUAAUGACGAGAGUUUAACGCACGGCAUCUCUCGUUUAAAUAACGCUGUGCGCGACUUUUUUUACAAUUCAAAAACUACUGCUAAACAAUCAAAAAUAACAGAUUAUUUAAAUUAAGAAUUUAAAAGAAAAACCACAAUGUAUAUAAUUUAAUCUUGUUUCUUGUAUUAUGCUUAUGAUGUGCAUUGAAUGUGCAUUUAUUUUGAAAAACCCAUGUUUAUGAAUAAAAUUUUUAAA